UCACGCUUCACUCGACUCAAGCCGAUUCGGCAGCAACACUCAAGCCGAAAUCCUGUUGGGAACGGCGACCGCUCUAUUCUAUCUCCAUUCAACGGUUGUCGCUCAACUGAGACUGGUGAUCCGCUCCUCUCGAUCAACGGAACCGCAAGCUGCCAGACGGUGCUGUCUGGUCGACAUGGCGCCAUAGCGACAACUGGCGAACACGAGCCAGUCUCCGUGACGAACGAGAUCGACUCGUUUGUGCGUCGGAUGCCCUCGCUCUGCUGGGGCCCGGAACAUGUGGAGCAUUGGCUGACACGCUAUGUCGAACUGCCGGGCGGCUGCCUCGAGGCGACUAAGCGUAUUGCCAUCGACGGCAAGCAGUUAAUAUCGCUUUCCGACUCCAAGGCCGAGAAGCUGUUGGUGCUCAAGUCAGUUAUCUGUCAUUUAAUGCAGAUUUAUUACUACUCACUACUCGCCAGUUCUGUCUAA